AUGCACGCAAAAACUAUAUCAACCAUCAUUGGCGCCUUCGCUGCGGCCAGCGUCACAGCGUUGCCGACUGAGAGCCGGCAGAAGCCCCAGCCAUGGCAGCAGCCGACGAGGCACCAUGUGAGCAACGUGGAGCUGGGACCUCGGCCGCAUUAUCUAGUUAACGACAUGGACGAGGGGUGGCUCAAAGACCGCCUGUCGCAGUGCUCCGAAAUGGAGUCGCAGCCUACCAAAUUCAGCAUCGGGCAUCGCGGGGACGGUUGUCUGCAAUUCCCCGAAGUGACGCUCGAGUCCAUAGAAGCCGGCGUGAGAAUGGGCGCCGGGAUGCUGGAGUGCGACGUCUCAUUCACCAGCGACCGACAGCUUGUGUGUCGACACGACAUGUGUGAUCUCCACACGACGACCAACAUCGUCGCGACCGAGCUGGGGUCCAAGUGCACGACCCCGUUCACACCGGCGAGCAACAGCACGGAGGCUACGGCCACCUGCUGCACCAGCGACAUCACCCUGGCCGAGUUCAAGAGCCUCUGCGGGAAGAUGGACGGCUACAACGCCUCGGCCACCACGCCAGAAGAGUUCCUAGAGGGCACGCCCUCGUGGCGGACAGACCUGUACGCGACCUGCGGCACCGUCCUGUCGCACAAGGAGUUCAUCUCGCUCGGCGACUACACGCAGGAGCAGUAUGCCCAGCAGAUGAUUGACGAGUACAAGGCCGCCGGCAUCGACCCCGCGCGCGUCUGGCCGCAGAGCUUCGACUUCAACGACGUCGCAUACUGGCUCGCGGCCGAGCCCGAGUUUGGCAGGCAAUCGAUCCUGCUGGACCAGAGCGGCGAUAGCCCCGGGACGCUCUCCGGCGCCGUCGCGAACUUGACCUUCUACAAGGACGCCGGCGUACAGAUCGUAGGGCCGCCGCUGCCGUACCUCGUCACGCUGGGCGAGAACGACGAGUAUAUCCCCUCGGCCUACGCCACCACGGCGAACCAGCUCGGUCUGAAGAUCAUCACCUGGUCGCUGGAGCGAUCGGGUCCGCUCGCUCAGGCCGCCGCGGACGGCGAUUACUACUAUACGACCAUCGCCAACGGCACGCACGGCGAUGGGGACAUGUACAAGCUGGUAGAUGUCCUCGCACGCGAGGAGCAGAUCCAAGAGGCCUACGAGAGCAACCGUCAAGAAUGGCUCUCUCGCUCCAUUGACUCCAUGCUGCAGAAUGAUAAGCAAGUGAAACCGGGCGAGGUACUCAUUGCGCACCUCAAACGUCAGGAGACCGAAGAUGCUACGAGCAUCAAGGCAGCAUUGACAAGCAGGGUGUCAACUGCGAGUGUAUUUGGGCUAGACCCUCUCCUGCCGUUCUCGCCCUCGUUGUCUAUGCUCAGGAGAAGCUCCGGGAACUUGUCGGGAAAGGUAGCCGUGACAUUCCAUGCUGGUCAGAG